UCUACACCACCACCCCCACCUCCAAGCGACGUGCAGGGCUCCUGAAAGGCAGCUCAACUAAAAAGUGAGCGAGACACAGUGAGAGACACGGCCCUGCUGCACAUUCAAAACAGAGGGAGAGGGAGGGAAGAGAGAGGGUGAGAGAGAGAGAGAGAGAGAGAGAGAGAAGGAGAGUCAGGGACAGGCAGUGCUGAAAAGGAGAGCACAAAGAGAAGGAAAGUGGAGCAGGGGAGGGGAACCGGAGGCUGGGAGAAGGGAGAGGGAAAGACAAAAGAAGGAGAGGGGAGACGUAGCAGGGUGAGCGGAGGGGACUGAGCAAAUGGCUACGGAGGAGACGGCGGGGGGAGCCAGGAAAGCCACCAAGAGCAAACUGUUUGAGUUCCUGGUCCAUGGAGUGCGUCCUGGUAUGCCGUCCGGAGCGAGGAUGCCCCACCAGGGCGCCCCCAUGGGGCCCCCCGGCCCGCCGUACGGCGGCAGCCCGGCGGUGCGGCCCGGCCUGCCCUCCCCGGUGAUGGAGCCCAGCCGGAAGAGGCCCGCCCCCUCCCAGCAGGUGCAGGCGCAGCAGCAGCAGCAGCAGCAGCAGCAGCAGCAGCAGGCCGUCCAGAACCGCGCCAGGAAGAAGCCGGUCGGAUUCCCCGGAGCCAAUGAGAUGCCAGCGAGGCAGAUGGACAUGCGAGAGCCCCAAUCAGAUCCCACGCUCGGAUCAAAUGCUAAGAGAAGGAAAAUGGCAGACAAGAUUCUUCCGCAAAGGAUCCGUGAGCUGGUCCCGGAGUCUCAGGCCUACAUGGAUCUGCUGGCUUUCGAGCGUAAACUGGACCAGACCAUCAUGCGUAAGCGCGUGGACAUCCAGGAGGCGCUGAAGAGACCCAUGAAGCAGCAAAAGCGUAAACUGAGGCUUUACAUUUCCAACACCUUCAACCCCGCCAGACCGGACGCCGACGACUCCGACGGCAGCAUUGCAUCAUGGGAGCUGCGAGUGGAGGGGAAGCUGCUGGAUGACCCGGGGAAGCAGAAGAAGAAGUUCUCCUCGUUUUUCAAGAGCCUGGUGAUCGAACUGGACAAAGACCUGUACGGUCCGGACAACCACCUGGUGGAGUGGCACCGCACGCCCACCACCCAGGAGACGGACGGCUUCCAGGUGAAGCGGCCGGGAGACGUGAGCGUGCGCUGCACCCUGCUGCUGAUGCUGGACUACCAGCCUCCCCAGUUCAAGCUGGACCCCCGCCUGGCCCGCCUGCUCGGCAUUCACACGCAGACGCGCUCCUGCAUCAUCCAGGCCCUGUGGCAGUACGUGAAAACCAACAAGCUGCAGGACUCGCACGACAAAGAGUACAUCAACUGUGACAAGUACUUCCAGCAGAUUUUCGACUGCCCUCGACUGAAGUUCUCUGAGAUCCCUCAGCGCCUUACCAACCUGCUGCUGCCCCCCGACCCCAUCGUCAUCAAUCACGUCAUCAGCGUGGACCCCAACGACCAGAAGAAGACGGCCUGCUACGACAUCGACGUGGAGGUGGAGGAUCCCCUGAAGAGCCAGAUGAGCAGCUUCCUCCUCUCCACCGCCAACCAGCAGGAAAUCGCCUCGCUGGACAACAAGAUCCACGAGACCAUCGAGUCCAUCAACCAGCUGAAGAUCCAGAGGGACUUCAUGCUCAGCUUCUCCAGAGAUCCUAAGGGCUACAUCCAGGACUGGCUGAAGUCCCAGAGCCGGGACCUCAAGCUAAUGACAGACGUGGUCGGUAACCCCGAGGAGGAGAGGAGGGCCGCGUUCUACCACGAGCCCUGGUCCCAGGAGGCCGUCAGCCGCUAUUUCUACUGCAAGAUCCAGCAGAGGAGGCAGGAGCUGGAACAGGCCUUAGCAGUCCGCAACACUUAAAAAAGAAAAAG